AUGUCUGCUUCUACGCUUGAAAAGAAACCAGUCAACUUCUCCAACAUCCUUCUUGGAGCUGGUCUGAACAUGUUCGAGGUCACCACAUUGGGCCAGCCUCUGGAGGUCGUCAAGACCACGAUGGCUGCUAACCGUGGUCUUACCAUUGCCCAAUCAGCUUCGUUGGUCUGGUCAAGAGGAGGUGCGCUUGGAUUUUACCAAGGUCUGAUCCCAUGGGCUUGGGUUGAGGCCUCCACCAAAGGUGCCGUCUUGCUUUUUGUUUCUGCCGAAGCCGAAUAUCAAUUGCGCAAGGUUGGAGCAUCUGCAUUCGGUGCGGGUAUUGGAGGUGGUGUAUUGGGCGGUUUUGCACAGGCAUACCUGACUGUUGGUUUCUGUACAUGUAUGAAGACUGUUGAAAUCACCAGAGCUAAAGCUGCUGGAGUGCCAGGAGUUCCUCAGUUGACCACUUGGCAAGUAUUCACUGAUAUCUACAAGAAGGAAGGUAUCAGAGGUAUUAACAAAGGUGUUAAUGCCGUUGCCAUUAGACAGAUGACGAACUGGGGAUCCAGAUUUGGUCUCUCCAGAUUGGCCGAGGACUCUAUUAAGUCUCUCACCGGUAAGAAAGAGGACCAAAAGUUGUCUGCUGUUGAGAAGAUUGCAUCUUCUGUGAUUGGUGGUGGUUUGUCCGCAUGGAACCAGCCUAUCGAGGUCAUUCGUAUUGAGAUGCAAUCGAAGACCAAAGAUCCAAACAGACCAGCAAACCUGACCGUUGGUUCUACAUUCAGAUACAUUUACGGUCAAAGUGGAUUCAAGGGUCUAUAUAGAGGUGUUACUCCAAGAAUUGCUCUCGGUGUCUGGCAAACUGUGUGCAUGGUAGGCUUGGGUGACAUUGCCAAGGAGUUCGUUGCCAAACUGACAGGUGAAACUCCGGUCGGAAAGGGUCAUUGA